AUGGAGAUGAUGCCGUCAUACGAUGAGGUUGGCAAAGGAGCAUUGGCAUUCCUCGAACAAUUGGAAAGCUAUGGAUUGGUGAUUGAAAAGAUCUAUUUCGACGGCUACCUACCAACGCGCAAGAGGGACAUCCGCAUUCAACGACUAAGCGAUUCUCUCAAGCUUUUGAAGAAGCACAUUGUGAGGAACAGCAAUGGAUCCAAGAAUGUACAAGGGUCUUGCGACCAUGGCCCGGCGACACCAAGCCACGUCUUCGAAGCAGGACCUCCAACGCCAACUACUUUCCAUGGCAUGAUAGCUCCUCCUUUUCUUGUCCCAGCUGUCAUUGAUGCCGUAUCUUGCAGUAAAUAUGCAGCUGUAUCUGUUGUUGUACCUGGCGAGGCAGAUAUUUACUGUGCCAAAGCGGCUCGGGAUGGCGGCAUUAUUCUCACCAACGAUUCGGAUCUGUUCGUUCAUGAUCUGGGCUCGCACGGUGCAUUUUCAUUAAUCCAUCAGGUUGAGCUCCGUCCAGAAGGAGAAGAAGAGAAUGGUGAGCAAAUUGCCUGCAAAACCGUCAGACUUUCGAUUUUCCGUCCCAAAGACAUUGCCGAACAUCUAGGCCUCGUCGACUUACAGCGACUUGCCUAUGUAUUGUCAAGAACGAAAGGAAAACUCACUCUGCCGGAUGCGGUGAUCCGCGCAAAAGAGCACCGAGAUAUUGGAUAUCUUUCAUUCCAAGAGUUCCUCGAGGAAUUUGCCACCAAUACUUCAAUCACUGAAUCGCAGACAUUCUCUCCGGACUCUUUGGCCAAUUACAUCACUCAUGCACCACCUCUAGAUCCUCGGGUGUCAGAGCUCGUACUACAGUUCACAGCGACAAGUCAGGAUAAUGUCUACAUGUACUUGCCAUGCCUCAUUGACGACCCUUCGAGAUCCUCAGCAUGGCUAGUCUGCACAAAAGAGCGCUCCUUCGCGUACUCAAUUCCCAAUCACCUUCGCGACAGGCCGCAGGAACGGCCGCGACCAACCACAGCAGAGUAUUACCGAAGAGGAGACAGAAUCAUCGCUCAGCAGAUCUGCAUUCCCUCGCCCGACGACUUCCGCGUCCAGUCCACCGAACUCCUGGCCAAAGUCCAAGCCUUCGCCGAGACAUUCGCCGACUACCCCGAACAUGUGAUUUGGAGAGUAUAUGCACUAGCAGACGUCUACCGCUGGUAUCUAGAUAACAGCAAGCCCCCUCCAUCAAGGGAGAUGAUGACACGGCUCAUGACGGGCCUGUCGAAACCUAAUUCGACACGGGAGGACAUCCAUCUGUCAGCCCAGGUACAAGCUGUGCUUUACACUCUACGUAUGACCAAGCAGAUACUGGUAUACACCAUAUCUACAACAAAGACUGGUCCAUCAGAACCCCUGAAGGAACUCGCAUCGAUCCUCAGUACGCUUCCGCCCAUAGCUCAACUGAUACCUUCAGGCUUCGAACUGGCUGUUCAAAUGUCGACCCUAGAAAAUAAAACAUGUAGUGUCCACCACCUCCUCGAUCUGCUGGCUGUGAUGUUGCAGAAGGAGGCAGAUGCUGAGGAGGUCGUCAAUCAUAGCGACGAGGACGCAUGA